UAUAACCUUACGUGUAGUACUUUCUACUGAAUUAACUUCUAAAACUAGCGUGACACUGGGUAAAACGACACAAUUCUUCAACCAUGAACGGCGAAGGAGAAAGAAAUGGCGGAGAAGCCGAAAAUAUUGAACAACUUGAUCUUAACCUGGCUUAUCGAUUCCUCGAUUCACUCCCAAACGAUGUUCACAUCUUAAACAAUUUGCCAGAUCCGUUGAAAAUUACAAGGAUUAAUCUUGCCGGAAACACCAUUUCAGUUCUCCCCGAUUCGAUAGCAACCUUUCCGAACCUUAGAGAAUUGGAUGUCUCUGCAAAUGGCUUGGCUUUUAUCACCCCACGAAUCGGCGAACUACGGAAUCUCGAACGCUUGUUGGCAAAGAACAACAACUUGGUCGAUUUACCGAAAGAGUUCGCUUCUCUUUUGGCUUUAGAACAUCUUAAUUUGAGCGGUAAUCGAUUUGUAUCGUUUAUGCCCCAAAUGUUUGAACUUGUAGCACUCAAAGCAUUGCUUUUAGGAGGGAAUAGAAUCGACGUUAUUCCACCAGACAUUCAUCGUCUCCAAAGGUUGGAAAUUCUUUAUCUUGGUGGCAAUCAGCUGGCAUCUGUACCAGCUGAACUGGGUAUGCUGCGCAAGUUGAAGGCUCUCAACCUGUGCGACAACAAGAUUGAAUCACUGCCUUCGACAUUUGCAAAACUGACACAUUUACAAUCUUUGAGUCUUCACACUAACAGAUUGACACUGCUGCCAGUUGGACUUGUAAAACUACGAAACCUGGAAGAGUUAAGUCUAAGAGAAAAUCCUCUUGUUGUGCGAUUUGUCAGAGACAUGGCAUUUAACCCUCCUUCAUUGUUAGAACUAAGUGGUCGAUGCAUAAAAAAUACAGGUGUCAAAUAUGGUCCACAAGACCUACCUGCUCAUUUACUUCAGUAUCUGAAUAGUGCUCGCCGUUGUGUGAAUCCAUGCUGCAAAGGAGUGUAUUUUGAUGCAAGAGUGCGACAUAUAAAGUUUGUGGACUUCUGUGGGAAAUAUCGUCUGCCUCUUGAACAGUUUCUGUGCUCACCACAUGCUGAUGAAAGAUGGGAAGAUUGUUCCGCAACCAGCAGCAGUGAAGAUGAAGCCAUUGGCAUACCGCGUGAAAGAAUGAGGAGAGUUCUUUUGGGAUAAAAAUAAUUUCCAGCACAUUGCAAAAUGCACAGCCCCUCAUUUGCGACUCUUAAUUUGGGGUCUGCCUUCAUUCAAGAGACACAGACUUUGGUCCUGACUGAAAGAAAUGCCACUAUGGUAAACUUUGCAUCUGUUGUCUUCACUGACAGUUCAGAUGCUUUAGGAAACACUAUUUUUUUUUUUAAGAUGUCCACCAUAUCAUUAACCCUUUCACUUGCCUCAUCUCAAUAUCAGCCCUCUUAACUGUGUGCUGAUACAUUUAUGUUUUGAACUUAAAUAAUUCAUAAUGGUAAUUGAACUGAGUCAAGUGCAAUUUGGUCUGAAAUUAUAUACGUGUUUUAAACAAUUUAAUCUGCACUGCACCUCUGUUUAAUUUGAAUUCACAAGUGUAAUUUCAGAUCAGUUCAGUUAUCACUGUAGGACAUUUGUUUUAAAUUUGCAAAAUUUAAUGACCCAAACACAGGAUUUAAGUUAUUACAAAGUUUUAUUGAUCCAGUACUGAAGUCAUGGGGACAAAUGUUACAAAAAUUGCAACGUAAUGGCUUCUUUCAGUUUUUUGAAGUUUGAUUAGUAACUUUAAUUACUUACCUUGAUUGAUUACUUUGUUUGGGUAUUUUGGUGAAGAGUUGCUUUCUCAUUGGAAAAAGAUGCAAUUUAGAAACAAAAAUGAUGUAAUUUGUCAAUGAAUUGCACUGCUGAGAGCCAAUCAGAUUGCUAAGACCAUUAAUUGCCAGUGAUUUCAAAAUGGAUAAAGCAGAACAGAAAUUCAAACAAUAUCCUCUUCUCUUCUUUCUUCUCCAACCUGCUGUAAAUUGUAUUGAUAUCCUGAGGGGAAAUUCAUUUGUGGUCUUUCUUGGGAGUUACACCGUUAACCCUUUAUACCCCAACAUCAGUAUGCAUAUUCUCCAUUCUGUUCUCUAUACAUGUCCUAAAGUGCCGGCAAGGAGAAUUUGUUAAACAAUCUAGAGGUUCUUCAGUUGAUGAUCAUUUCCUUUAUUCUCAUAACAUGAAUGUUUGAUUCAGGGGUGAUAUUGAAAGGAGAAAUUAGAUGCUGGUCACUCUCAGGGAUAAAAGGGUUAAGUGAAUUGCAAGGCUUGUUUAGUGACAGAUGGUUAAAAAAUAUAUUUUUUGUCUCUAAAUUUUUGGUAAUUUUGACAAUGUAGAAAAUAUUUUUAAUCUGACUCUGUUGGUGGGAGAGAGAAGGAGAGAGGGGGGGAGAGAGAGAGAGAGAGUGUUCAUAAUUUAUUGUAAACACAUUUACAGCUGAGUAUGUAAUAGAUAUAAAAUACUGUCGUGAAGAUAUUUUGAAUUAUAUUUAUUUAUUUCUACAAAAAAUCAAAAUGUUAUGAUUCAUUUUGCUGUAGUUGAUUUUUGAAGUCUCUGAUUAUGUUACAGUAACAUGAUAGUUUGAAUUUGUAAUGUAAACAAAUUUAGCCCUUUCACUCCCAAGAUCUCAUUAGUAAUUCUCCUUACUGUCUGCUGUACAGUUCUUGUGAUGUUAGUUUGGAGAAUUUGUUAUUGGAUCAAUUUAUAAUCCCCUGACUGAUAUUUUUCUUUAUUCUCAUCACUUGUCUGCUUGAUAUUGUAUUGAUAUUGUAAGGAGAAAUUCUGUCUUGGUCACUCAUGGGAGUGAAAGGGUUAAGUGGAACUAAUAGUCUAAGAGAAUUUUACUAAAUACAAGAAAUAGCCUCCUGCAUGCAUGUCACUGAAUUGGUUAUUUAACCCUUAAACUCCCAAGAUCUGAUUGUUAAUUCUCCUCACUCAUUGCUACGGGUUUCCUUGUAAAUUCUUUCAAAGAAUUUAAUGUUGAAUCAAGAUAACAACUUCUACAUGAUAAGUUUGAUUAUUCUUAUCACCUGUUUGUUGGAUAAUGUAUAGAUAUUAUAGGGAGAAGUUUCAUUUUAAUUACUUCUGGGAGUUAAAGAAUUAAAGCAAUUCUACACAGCAGUUUUUAAUACUGGGAGUCAAAAUAUUUGUUUUCUGGACACUGCUGGCAAUCACAAACUGUAUGAACCUAAAAUGAUCUCCUCACGUCAACUGAAAGCUUUUAAAAAUUUUUCCAGAAGGGUCACUCAAACAAUGUUAAGCUGCUGUUUUAAAAAAUGCACUCUAAACUAUCUUGGAUUUAGCUGAAUCCUUUUUAGUCCUCUAGAGUUAAACACGGAUGCAGAAUUUUUAUUUGAUUAUGUAUCAAUAUUAUCAUCAUUGUUUGUUAUGAGGUAUGAGAUAAUAUGAGGGAAA